CCCACCGGAGGCAUUAUGAAGAAAAACCAUCAGGGUUCGAGUAGCUCAUGGAACCAAGGAAGGCAGAAGGGUCCAUUUCAAAGGGGCCAAGGACAGAGGAGCUAUCAUAGUAGUUAUUACGGGUCACAGAGGAGCCCAACAGUAUCUACCCCUGCCCCGAGUACAGCGAGCUCUCAACAGUGCACUAAAUGCGGGCGUCGUCAUUUCGGACAGUGCUGGAUCUGUUACAUUUGUGGGAAACCCGGUCACAUUGCAAAGUUUUGUGGGGACAACCAGGGCUCAAAUAUGAAGAACCCUUCCCAACAUCCUACUGUCUCUGGUCGUGUGUUUGCUCUUACUCAGGACACCAUGAACUCCCCAGAUGCCAUUAGAGAUUAUAUUGACAAAGAUAGUGGUGAAAAAGGAGUUGUGAAGGGGAACUUGUUAUUCAAGACACAAGGAGCGAAUCCGGCCGAGAAAGCACCAGAGGUGUAAUUAUGGUGUAUGAGACACCAUCUUUUACGUUGCCUCUUAUUUUGGAUUAUACAAUGUAUCUUGUGCCAACUUAGGAUAUAUCUUGUCUAUGGAGCAUGUAAACUCUAAUCCUUUUUAUUAAAUGCAUUUAUAUGUCCAAGAGGAUUAUGUCUGUCCCUUUUG